UUGGGCAUCCAACAACCAUCGAACGAGCUCAGUUAACUAUACCGCGCAGCUUCACGGUUUCUUCACGGAAGAAGCCUCUCUCUCUGCCUCGCUUUGUGUAUUAUUGCACUCUUUGCUCGCUAUCUUUAGUCGAAGUCGGACAUAUCAUUAGUGAACAGUUUUACGGCUUGAAGGAGAGAAAACGUUGGGACAAGCUGAAUAGAAGGAGCGGGCGGAAAGGAUCGAGAGAGAGAGAGAGAGAGAGAGAGAUAAAGAGGUCACCGUGCCCUGUCUGCAUUUCGCUCUCACCACGUCAUGAAGAUGCAGAGAAUAUCCGAGGUGGUGCUGCUGAUGGCCGGGGUUGCAGUGGGGCUGUGUGCCUGUCACACAGUGAAAGUGAACAAACACAAGCCAUGGAUUGAGACGUCGUACCAUGGGGUAAUCACAGAGAACAUGGAUAUCGUCCUACUGGACCCUCCCCUGGUGGCCCUGGACAAAGACGCCCCCGUGCCCUACGCAGGGGAGAUCUGUGCGUUUAAGAUCCAUGGUCUGGAGGCUCCGUUCGAGGCAGUGGUGCUGAAUGGGACAUCUGGUGAGGGCCAGCUGAGAGCCAGGGGCCCGGUGGACUGUGAGCUGCAAAAAGAGUACACCUUUAUCAUCCAGGCCCAUGACUGUGGAGCAGGACCUGGGGGCACCGGGGGGAAGAAGUCACACAAGGCGGUGGUACACAUCCAGGUGAAUGAUGUGAAUGAGUUCUCUCCAGUGUUCCGGGAGGCCCAGUACCAUGCGGCGGUGACAGAGGGGAAGAUCUAUGACAACAUCCUGCAGGUGGACGCUACAGACCAGGACUGUUCUCCUCAGUACAGCCAGAUCUGUAACUACCAGAUCACCACCUCCAACACACCCUUCGCCAUCGACCGCAAUGGUAACAUCAGGAACACAGAGAAGCUGAGCUUUGAUAAGCAGCAACAGUAUGAGGUCCUGGUCACAGCCUUCGACUGUGGACAGAAGAGAUCCACAGAGAGCGUGGCGGUACACAUCGACGUUAAACCUGUCUGCAAACCUGGCUGGCAAGGCUGGAACAAAAGAGUAGACUAUGAGCCAGGCACAGGCAGCAAGCAGUUGUUUCCCAAGAUGCAUCUGGAGACGUGUGGAGGGCCUCUCUCCUCAGUGAGGACCAUGGUGGAGCUACAGACCAGCCAUAUUGGGAAGGGCUGCGACCGGGAGACCUACUCUGAGAAGUCUCUGCAGAAACUCUGUGGGGCCUCGUCGGGCAGCACAGACCUUCUCCCUGCUCCCAGCGUCUCCACCAAUUGGACUGCGUCCCUUGUGACAGACAGUGGGCGGGACAGCGACCUCAUCUUCCGGUUUGACGGGCGGCAAGCAGCAAAGAUUCCUGACCAGAUGGUACCACAGAACCUGACGGAUCAGUUCACAAUCGCCACGUGGAUGAAGCAUGGACCCACUCCUGGACUGAGGGCGGAGAAAGAGACCCUGCUCUGCAACUCUGAUAAGACAGAGAUGAACAGACACCACUACUCCCUUUACGUCCAUAACUGUCGUCUGGUCUUUCUGCUCCGGAGAGACUUCACCCUGGUGGACACCUUCAGACCUGCAGAGUUCCACUGGAAACUGGAGCAGAUCUGUGAUAAGGAGUGGCACUAUUACGUCAUUAAUGUGGAGUUUCCUGUGGUGACACUCUACGUGGACGGAGUGACCUUCGACCCUUACCUGGUGACAGACGAUUGGCCGAUCCACCCAUCUCAGAUUGACGUGCAGCUUACUUUGGGUGCCUGCUGGCAAGGUGGUGAGGUGACGAUGCCGCGGUUCACUCAGUACUUCCGGGGCAGUCUGUCAGGGCUGACCAUCAGGCCAGGGAAGAUAGAGAGCCAGAAGGUAAUCUCCUGUCUACAGGCCUGUAAGGAAGGACUGGACAUCAACUCACUGGAGAGCCUGGGCAAGGGCAUCAAGUUCCACUUCAACCCAGCCCAGUCGAUCCUGGUGAUGGAGGGCGAGGAUCUGGAGAACAUGAACGCUGCUCUGAGGAAGGUCUCCUACAUCAACUCCCGCCAGUUUCCUACACCGGGCAUCAGACACCUGCACAUCUCAACCUCAGUACAGUGUUUUGGGGAGGACACGUGUAUCUCCAUCCCGGACAUCGAUGCAGUGGUGAUGGUGCUGCAGCCCAGUGAACCCAGGAUCACCAUAGCUGGGGUGGACAGACUGACCAGGCCAGCAGCUGACCUCAGAGGACCAGCCGGACUCACUCUGUUCCAGGACCUUCACAUCAUCAGUACUGUCACCAAGGGAGACACAGCCUCACACCAUACAGCGGGCAGGCUGGGGGUCCAGGAGGAGAUCAUCCAUAACCUGGACUACUGUGACAUCCUGGUGCUGGGGGAGGAGCUGAGGCCGGAGCAGGAGGGUCUCCAGCUGCAGCGUAGCACCCUGCUGGGGAAACACCUGGACGCCACCAACUCCACCUCCGGCAUGUCUAUAUACGGUGUGGACUCCAUGUCCAACUAUGAGCAGGUGAUCAGACAGGUGCAUUACCACAACUGGCACCCCACCCAGACCCCAGACAGGAAGUUCCGUCUCACCUGCUCCGAGCUCAACGGACGCUACACCAGCAAUGAGUUCACACUGGAGAUCAGUGUACUCCACAAAUCAGAGGCUGGGGAGCAUGUCAAUCACAUGGUAGCCCCGCCCCAGUACAUGCAAGUGGUUCAUCAUCCGGCCAUGGUCCACAGUCUAUACCCCACACACGGUUCAGGAGUCCCCAGUGUUGCCACAGUGGUGAUAGUGAUCUGUAUCGCCGCCCUGGUGGUGGUGGUUGUGCUAGGCAUCUACCGUAUUCACCUGACACACCAACAGGAGGGCAGGAGCUCAGACACAACCAAGGAGGGAGAGCUGGACUGGAACGACUCAGCGCUCAAUAUCACAGUCAAUCCUAUGGAGAGCUUCCAGGAGCCCCAGGGAGCUGAGGAAGAGGCCAGUGAGGAGGAGGAGGAAGAUGAAGAGGAUGACAUCACCAGCACAGAUUCAGACGACAGCGAGGAGGAGGAGGUUCAAGGAGCUCCCAGUGUACAACAGAGCAGCAAGAGGGGCCAACUGGACUGGGACAACUCUACAUUAACCUACUGAAUAAAAUUAUAAAUACACACUGAUGCACACACAUACACACUGAUGUAUAUACACACACGCUGAGGCGUCAACAUACUCACAACUAUAAAAUAAAUUGUUCAAGUCAUGAGACUACCUGAGAUUUCUCUGAGUUGAGGUAACAUCUCCCCCUACUGGCGAAAAAAGGAAAUGGUAUUAAGAAUAGAAUGAGCACUAAAGUGAAAACACACAUAUACACACAUGUCACACACACACACACAACACCAGAAUUUAAAAAGACUCCUUUCCUUUCUGUCAAACUAUGUGGUGUUAACUAAAGGCUACCCUGUGGUACUCCAAUGCUGUAAUACUUUCCUGUGGUCUUGAGAACCUCAGACCUCAAGCCCUCGUCCACAAGCUGAAACCUUACCUACUGUUUUUUACUGAGACUGUGAAAAAAAAGACAACAAAACGUGAAAAUACUGUAUACAACUGAAAUUGCUUGUCAAACAUCUGUUUUCCACCUAUUUUUUCAGGGUCUAAAAUCUUGUCUGAGAAACUGUGGUCCUAUAGGUCGCUGUGAUCUUUUGUAAUGGUAACAACCAACUAAUGAAACAAAUACCAAAUGAUAGUCUUUGGGUGGAGUUUUCCUUUAAGAUGGUACAGUCCAGUAUAGGGGAACACCUUCGAUCCUUACCUUGAUACACUAUAUUGCAAAAGUAUGUGGACACCCCAUCAAAUUAGUGGAUUUGGCUAUUUCAGUCACAUCCGUUGCUGACGGGUGUAUAAAAUCAAGCUCACCGCCAUGCAAUCUCUAAAGACAAACAUUGUCAGUAGAAUGGCCCUACUUAAGAGCUCAGUGACUUUCAACAUGGCACUGUCAUAGGAUGUCACCUUUCCAACAAGUUAGUUCAUCAUAUUUCUGCCCUGCUAGAGCUGCCCUGGUCAACUGUAAGUGCUGUUAUUGUGAAGUGGAAACAUCUAGGAGCAACAACAGCUUAGCCACAAGGGGAAGGCCACAGAAGCUCACAGAAAGGGACCGCCGAGUACUGAAGCACGUAGUGCGUGAAAAAAUUAUCCUCGGCUGCAACACUCACUCCCGGAUUCAAAACUGCCUCUGGAAGCAACGUCAGCACAAUAACUGUUUGUCGGGGGCUUCAUGAAAUUGGUUUCCAUGGCCGAGCAGCCACACACAAGCCUAAGAUCACCAUGUGCAAUGCCAAACAUCAGCUUGAGUGGUGUGAAGCUCACUGCCAUUGGACUCUGGAGCACUGGAAACGCGUUCUCUGGAGUGAUGAAUCACUCUUCCCCAUCUGGCAGUCCGACAGACGAAUCUGGGUUCCAGUAGAACGCUACCUGCACAAAUGCGUAGUGCCAACUGUAAAGUUUGGUGGAUGAGGAACAAUGGUCUGGGGCUGUUUUUCAUGCAUCGGGCUCGGCCCCUUAGUUCCAAUGAAGGGAAAUCUUAUCGCUAAGGAAUACAAUGUCAUUCUAGAUUAUGCUGUGCUUCCAACUUUGUGGCAACAGUUUGGGAAAGGCCCUUUCCUGUUUCAGCAUGACAAUGCCCCCAUGCACAAAGCCAGGUUCUCACGCAAUUGCACACCCUAUAGAAAUGUUGCGCAACAUUAGCUCAUGGGCUCUCAUGAAGUGUUUGAUUAGAUUUUCGAUUACAUUUGCAUUGAUGUCAGAGUGAUUAGAGUGACAACAGAGUGCUGAGGACCAGGCAGUUAGCAAGUUACCAUGACUAAUUACCAUCAACAGCAUCAGAGCUUGGAGAAGCCUAAUUAAGUAAGGCAGGCAUAAUCGGCCAACAUCAGUGCCUGACCUCACUAAUGCUCUUGUGGCUGAAUGGAAGCAAGACCCUGCAGCAAUGUUCCAACAUCUAGUGGAAAGCCUUCACAGAAGAGUGGAGGCUGUUAUAGCAGCAAAGGGGGGACCAACUCCAUAUUAAUGCCCAUGAUUUUGGAAUGAGAUGUUCGACAAGCAGAUGUCCACAUACCUUUGGUCAUGUAGUGUAUCUGUGUUCAGUAUAUCAUACCUUUUGUCUAUUGCAUCAAAUUAAAAUUUAAGACAAAAUAAGAAAACUUUAUUGCAUUGAUUUGCAAUAUUUUAAUACCUGAAAAAUAUGUUGGGUUUAUUGCAAUGGAACAUAUUUGAUUUAUCACUGCAUAUUUAAGCCUGGAUGAUGUGUCUAGGUGAUUUUAGAUUCGGUGUAAUCAAUGGCACUAAACAAUCUUUAUUUGUUUUUU